AUGGCUUCACCCACCUCCACCAACCCAGCGCAUACCCACUUUGAGAGUUUCCUGCAGGCCCAGCUGUGCCAGGAUGUGCUGAGCAGCUUCCAGGGGCUAUGUGGGACUCUGGGUCUGGAGCCCGGUGGGGGGCUUCCUCAGUACCACAAGAUCAAGGCCCAGCUAAACUACUGGAGUGCCAAGUCUCUGUGGGCCAAGCUGGACAAGCGAGCAGGCCAGCCUGUCUACCAGCAGGGCCGGGCCUGCACCAACAUCAAGUGCCUGGUGGUGGGUGCUGGACCCUGUGGGCUGCGGGCCGCUGUCGAACUGGCACUGCUAGGGGCCCGUGUAGUGCUAGUGGAAAAGCGCACCAAGUUCUCUCGCCACAAUGUACUCCACCUCUGGCCCUUCACCAUCCAUGACUUGCGGGCGCUUGGCGCCAAGAAGUUCUACGGGCGCUUCUGCACUGGCACCCUGGACCACAUCAGCAUCCGGCAGCUUCAGUUGCUUCUGCUGAAGGUGGCAUUACUGCUGGGGGUGGAAAUUCACUGGGGUGUCACUUUCACAGGCCUCCAGCCCCCUCCCAGAAAGGGGAGUGGCUGGCGUGCACAACUCCAGCCCAAUCCCCCAGCCCAACUGGCCAGCUAUGAAUUUGAUGUCCUUAUCUCGGCUGCGGGAGGUAAAUUUGUCCCCGAAGGCUUCACAGUUCGAGAAAUGCGAGGCAAACUGGCCAUUGGCGUCACAGCCAACUUUGUGAACAGGCGCACUGUGGAGGAGACGCAGGUGCCUGAGAUCAGCGGCGUAGCCAGGAUCUACAACCAGAGCUUCUUCCAGAGCCUGCUCAAAGCCACAGGCAUUGAUCUAGAGAACAUUGUGUACUACAAGGACGACACCCACUACUUUGUGAUGACAGCCAAAAAGCAAUGCCUGCUGCGGCUAGGGGUGCUGCGCCAGGACUGGCAGGAGACCGAUCGGCUGCUGGGCAGUGCCAAUGUGGUGCCCGAGGCUCUGCAGCGCUUUGCCCGGGCAGCUGCUGACUUCGCUACCAAUGGCAAGCUCGGGAAACUAGAGUUUGCCAAGGAUGCCCACGGGCGGCCUGAUGUCUCUGCCUUUGACUUCACAAGCAUGAUGCGGGCAGAGAGUUCUGCCCGUGUGCAAGAGAAGCACGGUUCCCGCCUGCUGCUGGGACUGGUGGGGGACUGCCUGGUGGAGCCCUUCUGGCCCCUGGGCACUGGAGUGGCUCGGGGCUUCUUGGCAGCCUUUGAUGCAGCCUGGAUGGUGAAACAGUGGGCAGAGGGCACUGGGCCCCUAGAGGUGUUGGCUGAGCGUGAGAGCCUGUACCAGCUUCUGUCACAAACAUCCCCGGAAAACAUGCACCGCAAUGUGGCCCAGUAUGGGCUGGAUCCAGCCACCCGCUACCCCAACCUGAACCUUCGGGCCGUGACUCCCAAUCAGGUACAAGAUCUGUAUGACGUGGUGACCAAGGAGCCUGUGCGGAAGAAGAGCGACAAGACAGACACAGGGAAGCCAGCCACCGGGUCAGUGGGCACCCAGGAGGAGCUGCUACGCUGGUGCCAGGAGCAGACAGCUGGUUACCCGGGAGUCCAUGUCACUGACCUGUCUUCCUCCUGGGUUGACGGACUAGCACUGUGUGCCCUGGUGCACCAGCUGCGGCCUGGCCUGCUGGAACACUCAGAGCUGCAGGGGCUGGGGGCUCUGGAAGUGACUGCAUGGGCACUGAAGGUGGCAGAGCAUGAGCUGGGUAUCACGCCAGUGUUGUCCGCACAGGCAGUGGUGGCAGGGAGCGACCCACUAGGCCUCAUCGCCUACCUCAGCCACUUCCACAGUGCCUUCAAGAGCAUGCCUCACAGCCCAGGCCCUGUCAGCCAAGCUUCUCCGGGGACUUCCAGUGCUGUACUAUUCCUUGGCAAACUCCAGAGGACUCUGCAACGGUCCCGGGUCAAGGAAAAUGGGGAGGAUGCUGGUGGCAAGAAGCAGCGCUUGGAGGUAGAAGCUGGUACACUAAGUACUGAGGAGCCACCUGUCCCAGAACCCAGUGUACCCCUGACACCACCAUCCCAACACCAGGAGGCUGGUGACAGGGACCUGUGUGCACUUUGUGGGGAACACCUCUAUAUCCUGGAACGCCUCUGUGCCAAUGGCCGUUUUUUCCACCGGAGCUGUUUCCGCUGCCAUACGUGUGAGGCCACGCUGUGGCCAGGUGGCUACGGGCAGCACCCAGGAGAUGGACACUUCUACUGCCUCCAGCACCUGCCCCAGCCAGGCCACAAAGAGGACAGCAGCAACGGAGGCCCUGAGAGUCCGGAUCUCCCCACACCAGGUGAGAACAGUACGCCGUCGGGCCCCUCGACUCCCCCAGCUUUGCAGGAGGCCAGUCCUGUUCCAAGCCCGAGCCAGCCCACCCGUCAGCUGAUCCGCCUCUCCAGCCUGGAACGCCAGCGGUUGUCCUCUCUUAACCUUACCCCUGACCCGGCAAUGGAGCCCCCACCUAAGCCUCCCCGCAGCUGGUCUGCCUUGGCCCGCCAGGCCCUGGAGGGCAGCUUUGCGGGUUGGGGCGUGCCAGUCCAGAGACCUCCGGUUCCUGUGGCCAUGGAGGAGGAGGAGGAAGAGAGCUCCUCCUCCAGUGAAGAGGAAGAAGAGGAAGAUGUGGCUUUGGAUUCAGACAUGGAGCAGGCCCUGCUGACCUUGGCCAAGAACUCAGGCACCAUGAAGAAGUACCCAACAUGGCGUCGGACUCUGCUGCGCCAUGCUAAGGAGGAGGAGAUGAAGAGGUUCUGCAAGGCCCAGGCCAUCCAGCGACGACAAAAUGAGAUUGAGGCUGCUCUGCGAGAGCUGGAGGCUGAGGGCGUGAAGCUAGAGCUGGCCUUGAGGAGCCAGAGCAGUUCCCCAGAACAGCAAAAGGAACUAUGGUUAGAACAGCUGCUACAGCUUGUUCAGAAGAAAAACAGCCUGGUGGCUGAGGAGGCUGAGCUCAUGAUCACGGUGCAGGAGCUGAAACUGGAGGAGAAACAGUGGCACCUGGACCAAAAGCUACGAAGCUACAUGAAUCGGGAAGAAGCUCUAAAGACAGCUGCUGAUCGGCAGGCUGAGGACCAGGUCCUGAGGAAGCUAGUGGAUGUGGUGAACCAGCGAGAUGCCCUCAUCCGUUUCCAGGAAGAGCGCAGGCUCAGUGAGCUGGCCUCAGGGACCGGGGUCCAGGGCUAGAAAAGGGUGGCCUACCUGCCUUCUUCCCUACAAGGAAGACAAGCUCACCCCAGGACAGUGCCACCCCUGCUUCUCUGGGCUGCCUGGGAGAAGGCCUCACUGUUUACAAUAAAAAUGUUUCUGCUACAAA